CCUACUUCAUGACUUAUGCCUUAUAGAAAGUUAACAUGGCUUCGGCGAUAUUGCAGAAAGCCAUUGAUCUUGUGACAAAGGCUACAGAAGAGGAUCGUAAUAAAAACUAUGAGGAGGCUCUUAGAUUAUAUGAGCAUGGUGUCGAAUAUUUUUUGCAUUCAAUCAAAUAUGAGACACACGGAGAUAAAGUAAAAGAAAGUAUAAGAGCAAAAUGUAUGCAAUAUCUAGAAAGAGCAGAAAAAUUAAAAGCUUAUUUGAAGAAGAGUAAGAAAAAGCCAAUUAAAGCUGGAGAAGACAAUACCAAGAAUGAAGAUAAAAAAAGUGACAGUGGUGACAGUGAUACCGAUAGUGACCCUGAAAAGAAAAAAUUGCAGAGCAAGUUAGAAGGUGUUAUAAUAAACGAAAACACAAAUGUUAAAUGGAGUGAUGUGAUUGGUCUUGAUGGAGCCAUAGAAGCUUUAAAAGAAGCUGUUAUUCUACCAAUGCAUUUUCCUUAUCUCUUUACUGGAAGACGCAUACCUUGGAAGGGCAUUCUACUAUUUGGACCACCAGGUACUGGUAAAUCAUAUUUGGCAAAAGCAGUGGCAACAGAAGCUAACCAAGCUACUUUCUUUUCUGCAUCAUCAUCAGAUUUAGUGAGCAAAUGGUUAGGAGAAUCUGAGAAACUUGUAAAAAAUUUGUUCGAAUUAGCACGGCAAAAGGAACGUAGUAUUAUAUUUAUUGACGAGAUAGAUUCUUUGUGCUCAUCACGUUCAGACAAUGAGUCAGAAUCUGCAAGGAGGAUAAAAACAGAAUUUCUUGUUCAGAUGCAAGGUGUAGGAAACAAUAAUGAGAAUAUACUUGUACUGGGAGCCACCAACAUACCUUGGGUUUUGGAUUCUGCAAUCAGACGAAGAUUUGAAAAGAGGAUUUACAUUCCCUUGCCUGAGAAACAAGCGCGCGCUGCAAUGUUUAAACUCCACUUGGGUAAUACAUCGCAUUGUUUGACAGAAGAAGAUUAUAAGAAAUUGGCAGCAUCUACUGAAGGCUAUUCAGGAGCCGAUAUAAGCAUCAUUGUACGGGAUGCUUUAAUGCAACCAAUCCGGCAAGUACAAACGGCUACACAUUUUAAGCGCGUUACAGGACCGUCACCGAAGGAUCCUUCUAUUAUUGUCAAUGAUUUACUUACUCCAUGUUCUCCUGGCGAUCCAGCUGCUAUAGAAAUGAAUUGGAUGGAAAUAGAUGGUGACAAAUUGUUUGAGCCACCAGUUACUAUGAAAGAUAUGUUAAAAUCACUAGCAACGACCCGUCCUACCGUGAAUGAAGAAGACUUGACAAAGUUAGAAAAAUUUAAAGAAGAUUUUGGUCAAGAAGGUUGAGAAAUAUCUUUGAGCUUUUUCAUAAUUAAGUAAACAGAUUUAUAAUUCAAUUUAAAAAUUUUUAGUUAUCCACCUUAAUCUUCUUAUAACAACAUUCGACUUAAAUGUCUAUAUAAAUAUACUCGAAAAUGAGUUUUUUUUCUCUCCUCUUAUUUCUCUUUUUAAGCGCAAAAUAAAUGCAACCUGGUAUUGUA